AUGGAACUCUACCACCAAAACUCUCUCCUAAGCAUCAUCUAUGAAGAGAGAAGUAGUACUCACGCUUCACUAGAUCAAACCCCAACCCACAACUUCAACCACGAUGAAAUCUACGACGCUGAGUUCCAAGAGUACCUUGAGUUGGGCCAGUUCAGCCCACCAGUCCCAGCAAGCCCGGCCCAGCCCAGAAUGCUGCCGCCGCCAAGCCCAGAAUCACCGUGGACUUGCUCUCCCCUCCAAACCCCUUCCCCUUCCCUCCUCUACCACUGCAUCGCCUCCCUCCACCGCCACGACGGCACCAUCCACUCCAUCGCCGUCUCAAACGGCGUCGUCUUCACCGGCUCCGACAGCCGCCGCAUCCGCGCGUGGCGCCAACCUGACUGCACCGAGCGUGGGCUUCUCAAGGCCAAAUUCGGCGAGGUCAGGGCAAUCUUAGCCCACGGGGACACGCUUUUCACGUGCCACAAAGACAACAAAAUCCGAGUAUGGAACUUCAACAACUUCGCUAGCUUCAAAAAGGUUUGUUCCUUCCCGAGAACAAGCUCGCUGUCGUUUUCCACCUUGUUCUCGAGAGCCAAGAACGACGCCAAACGAAACCACAAGGAGUGUGUUUCGUGCUUGGCGUAUUAUCAUGCGGAAGGGAUUCUCUACACCGGCUCCCACGAUAGGACUGUCAAAGCCUGGCGAGUCUCGAGCGGAAAAUGCGUUGACUCGUUCUUGGCCCACGAGGACAAAGUCAACGACAUUCUGGUCAACCAAGAGGACGGCUGUGUUUUCACCUGCUCAUCGGACGGCUCGGUGAAGAUCUGGAGAAGGAUUUACAGAGAUAACUCUUACACUCUAACGAUGAUCCUCAGAUUCCAACCUUCCCCAGUGAACGCCAUAGCUUUAAGCUUAUCGUCAUCUUCUUCUUCUUCUACUUCUUCUUCUUCAACUUCUUCACCAUUUACUUUCGGUUCUGGGUUUCUAUAUUCGGGCUCUUCGGACGGGACGAUAAACUUCUGGGAAAGAGAGAGAACUUCUUACAGGUUCAACCAUGGCGGGUUCUUACAAGGCCAUAGAUUUUCCGUGCUUUGCCUGGUGGCGGUUGAGAAGAUGGUGUUCAGCGGUUCGGAAGAUACGACGAUUCGGAUAUGGAGGAGAGAGGAAGGAAGCUGUUUGCACGAGUGUUUGGCCGUGUUGGACGGGCACAGAGGGCCGGUAAAGUGCUUAGCGGCCUGUUUGGAGGUCGAGAAAGUGGUGAUGAUGGGGUUUCUGGUUUACAGUGCGAGCUUGGACCAGACUUUCAAGGUCUGGAGGGUCAAGGUUUUACCCGAUGAGGAGACUACAUCCGACAGGAUAAUGGUGUGCGCAUAUUAUGACUUUGAGAGGAAUGAUUCGAGAAAGACGGCAGCGUCGGCGACGGCGGGGAUGGAGUACGAGACGAUGACGGGGACGAGCCCUGUUUUGUCGCCGUCGUGGGUGGAGAUUAAGAAGCGUCAAUUAGGUCAACAUUAUUUUCAGUAGAUCGAUGGCCGGUUAUAUCAUUUAGGGUUUUAAGGUUUUAGGGCAUAUUGGAA